GCGGGGGCAGGACAACUAUUAGCAGGUAGAGAUGUGGGAGAACUAUUCGAAUCGUCCAAUAAUAUGAACAGCAGAUAGACCACAGCCGAUGGGACUUCUAACAACUGAACCUCCUUCAGGCGGAUUUGAUCUAGUCCAGGUAUAGUUAGCUUUGAAGGGAAGACGCCAAAAUGUCCAUUCAUUUGUAUGAAAUGAGCAGUAAACUGCUGGAGGAAACUGUUGGGACAGUGAACGACAACCUGACCUCGGUGGUGCUUGCAGCCUCCGUCAUCACUCUCGCUGUGGGUUAUAUUUCCAAGUUGCUGCUGAAACAGUCCACCGACGAGAAUCAGGUGAGUCAACCUAAAACAAACAAAAAGUCUGUAGUUUUAAUACAAAGACUGUCCAAAAUCCACUGACUGCUUCUGUCUUGCAGAAAUACCCUCCUUACAUCCCCUCCAGCAUCCCAUUCCUGGGUCAUGCAAUCGCUUUUGGGAAAAGUCCCAUUGAAUUUCUCGAAAAUGCCUACGAAAAAGUAAGUACUUUUCAAGAAUUAAUGAACGAGUAACCUUUUAAAAGUGUUUCAUAAUAAUUUAAACUUUAAUGUGAAACAGGACAGUUUUCUUUCCCUUCCUAAAACUCUAAAUUAAUGGAGACACAUGUGCCUCACAUUUCCUUUCCAUCAUAUUAAAGAGUACUGUCUGUACGUAAUUUAAUCCAUUCAGUUAUUUUACAGUGUUUACUUUGUUUUCCCAGCAUAUAAAGGAGUAAGAUUUAUAGGUCAGAAAAACUGACAUAAUCAAAGGGAUAGUCUGGGGUAAAAUUAAGUUAGGGUCAAACACACCGUAACACCUAGUUAGAAUCAGUACUAGCCACCAAACAUCUUUUUAGCUUUGCCUAAUUUCUUUAGCAAAGAGACUAAACACAACUCACCUACUCUCUUACAGCAGCCGCUUGUCCUUGUUACAAACAAGCGGCUGCUGGAAGAGAGUAGGUGAGUUGUGUUUAGUCUCUUUGCUAGAGAAAUUAGGCAAAGCUAAAAAGAUAUUUAUUGGCUAGGACCCUAUAUGUACUGUUGAUGAAGUUAGGUGCUGUUCUGAGCAUUAUUUGUGGCUAUAGAGUGGUGUUUUGGUUGAGGUUUGUUUAUGGCUCCUCAGACCGCUGAGUAUUGCUAUCGUGGGGUUGUUACUAAAGUUGGUAUAAAUAGAGAAGCAAGCGGUCGGCAACAUUCAUCUCUUGAGGGGGUGUCUAACUCGGUGUUGCGUUGUGUUUGACCUAAAUUAAUUUUAUGCCAGAAUAUCCCUUUAAGUAAUUUGGACAGUAAAAAUGGUAUCAAAAUUAGACUCACUUCUUCAAAAUGUCAAAAGUUUAUUUUGUCCUGACCCUUUUCAUCUCUGCUGUCCACAGUACGGCCCUGUGUUCAGCUUCACCAUGGUGGGGAGCACCUUCACCUACCUGCUGGGCAGUGAGGCAGCCACACUCAUGUUCAACAGUAAGAAUGAAGACCUGAAUGCUGAGGAUGUCUACUCCAGACUGACCACCCCAGUAUUUGGCAAAGGAGUCGCCUAUGACGUCCCUAACCCUGUGAGUCCAGCUUGGUUUUAAAUGCAAAUUCACAGUAAAUGAGUCUGAGUGGUGGAAGGGAUAAGGUUAACUCUCUGUAGACAUUAAAAAAAGCUACAACAGGAGUUUUCCUCUUAUGUUUUUCAGAUCUUUCUGGAACAGAAGAAGAUGUUGAAGACUGGACUCAACAUUGCCCGAUUUAAGGAACAUGUCAAAAUCAUCGAGGCAGAGACUCUUGAGUAUUUUCAAAGAUGGGGAGACAGCGGGGAGAGAAGUAAGAUGUUUUAAAAAUCACUUAAAUAAAACAUGAAUAUCAGAAAACAAGCCAGUUAUAGGUUUCACUUUAAAACUGAUACAUUUGUUGAAUAUCCAGAUAAAAUGUUUUCUCUAUUUCAGACCUGUUUGAGGCUCUUUCUGAGCUGAUCAUCCUGACAGCAAGCAGCUGCCUUCAUGGCAAAGAGAUCCGCAGCAUGCUGGAUGAGCAUGUGGCUCAGCUGUACGCCGACCUGGAUGGAGGAUUCAGUCACGCUGCCUGGCUGCUGCCCGGCUGGCUGCCACUGCCUAGCUUCAGGUAGGAACGUCAACAAUGUCAGCUGGCAUGGGAAGAAGCUGACUAAGAUAGCAGGCAACCCAUCAGAAAAACUCAAGGGUGGUUCAAACUUCAAACAGACACAAAGUGGUCCUUUGGCUACAGGCAUUUACUUCAGCUCCUUGGGUUUUGAGCAUGCCGUGAGAACUAAAACAAUACAAAAAGCAUAAUCUGAAUUUGGUAAAACUGCAAUAGAAACUUAACACUCUUCAGCAACAAAUGAAUCUCACAAAACAUAACUUGUGUAAGAAAAACCUUGCUACAUAGCUCAAAAUGACAUAAACGGAACAAAAAUCGGCCACAUGGAGUUGCGCUAAUAACAAUUUAUCUCAAUAAACAUACUCUAGACAUACCUUGUUGGCCGAAUCAUCGAAAAAUGGAGACAAAACCGAACUUAAGUCGUCUUCAGUCGUCUUAUCGUCUUAUUAACAGUGCUUCACCCUCCGUCUUUAAUGAAUGUAUCAUGUGCAACUGCUUUUCUCCUCCUAGCAGGUGCUCUAAUCAGUGGGCAAACCCACAGUGGGUGUGUCACAACAAAAACAGCCCGACCCUCCCUCAACUCCGCACAUCAGUUCCGCUUAACCUGUCAAAUGCCCAUGUGAAUUAAAUAAUACUUAUCCAUUUAUUUAUUUAAACGACACAGGAUUAUAAUCCAUUUUUAAUUUAACUUAUUUUAACUUAUUGACUUAUUUAUUUUAACUUUUAGCUUAUUUAUUAAACAAAAACUCAUUAAGUUGAGCAGAAUGUCUCUGACGGCAGCUACACCUAGUCUGAAAAAAUAUGAUUAAAAUGUUCCUUUUUUUCAGGAAAAGGGACAGAGCACACAGAGAAAUCAAAAACAUCUUCUUCAAGGUGAUUCAGAAGCGCAGACAGUCUGGAGAGAAAGUGGAUGAUAUCCUGCAGACACUCAUUGAUGCCACCUACAAGUAAGAAAGCGGCAAUAUCCAACAAUGGUAUACACCAAAAUAAAAAGUUAAAGAUUUCUGUUAUUACUGUUCAUUAAGGUAGAGAGUAAAAAUUCACCGCUUUAAAGAGACUUGUGAUUUUUAAAUUUGAUUCACCUUCUUAGAAACGGGCGUCCCCUGAAUGACAGUGAGAUUGCUGGGAUGCUGAUUGGUCUCCUCCUGGCCGGUCAGCACACGUCCUCCACCACCAGCGCCUGGAUGGGUUUCUUCCUGGCCAGAGACAAAGCUCUGCAGGAACGCUGCCAUGCUGAGCAGAGAGCUGUGUGUGGAGAAGACCUGCCUCCACUAGACUUUGAUCAGGUAUAGGCCUGUUUUCAUGCUCAAAAUCACUUUUAUCAACAGUGUAAAUAUCAUGAAUUAGACACGCUUUUGCAAAAGUAACAUAACUUGAAAUUAUUCCUUUAUAACUGUAGCUGUACUCCUAUAUAGAUUUUACAGUUUGCAUAUGGUUUAUACUUCACAUUUUAAGUCUUAUACUGUACAUGCAUAGCAGGUUCAGCCUUUCAGUAAAGACUCGUUACACGUGUGCUUCAAAUAGUGUCCUGAUUUUGUCCUCAGCUGAAAGAUCUCAGCUUGCUGGAGCGCUGUUUGAAGGAGACUCUACGGCUCCGCCCCCCCAUCAUGACCAUGAUGAGAAUGGCUCGCUCUCCCCAGGUAAGAACAGCAAACCAUACUGCUCAGCUAAUUUUGUCACAUUUGCAAGUCCUGACGGAGAUGGAGUUAUUUACUUUGGUCAAACAAAUUAUCAACUGCUAUAAAAGAGUGUCGCUUUUAUUUUGAAAACCUAGCUGUUGUUUUAUUUCAGUUUGGAUGCACGUUUGUACAUCCUAGAUCUGCAUUCGUGAACAGAGACAAGUUUAAACAUCGGCAAAAUAUUCGUUGACGUCUUAGAGUUGCUCAGUCCACUUAUCAUAAAUGACUUUGGGCUUGUUUCUCUCAGAAGUCGCUUGUAAAACUCGUGAGUCGCAGUUUUUUGGGCUUGUUUUUAACUAGUAGUUGCUUAUUUGGGCUUGCUUUUCUGUAUGUGUGAAUCCCCUGAUUUAAAGUUGAAAUUAUUGUUGGUUCGGCCCUCCAACACAGUUCAGGUUUCUCAUGUGAAUUGCCCACCGCUGAUCUGGAGCAUUUAUGUCUCACAAUGUCACAUAUGACUUCAACAGUUUGUUUCUAACUCUAGUUUUUUCUUCCUGUCGUCUCAGACUGCAGCAGGAUACACCAUCCCUGUGGGCCACCAGGUCUGCGUCUCCCCAACUGUCAACCACCGUCUGCAGGAUACCUGGGCAGAGAGGAUGGAGUUCAGCCCUGACCGGUACCUCAAUGACAACCCAGCAGCAGGAGAGAAGUUUGCUUAUGUGCCGUUUGGAGCUGGUAAGUUCAGUCACUCUUUUUAUUUCUUGAUACUUUCGUUCCAAAAAUAAUUGAUCUCACUUUGACAAUUUAUCGGUCAUGAUACUGUUACUAUAAGUUUUCUCCAAAGCUAUAUUGACCUUACUUUAUGAUACCAGGCUUCACUUCACUUAGUUUGGAAUUUAAAGCUCCUGUAAGGAACUUUAAGUUUGUGUCAAGUUUGGCGCCUCCUGUGGAUGAAACAGUCACUGCCUAUCUUGUCCUCUUCAUGCUUUCAGUCGUCAAUUCUGUUGCUGAUGAUCUUGGUUAUUUUUGUUUAUUAUGAAAAAGCAUCAGUCAAAAUUCAAAGUCUGUUUCACAAAUGUCAAAAAACUUUCUUUUACUGUUAGUUUUAUCAUUAAAAUCAUAUAGAGAACUUUACAAAUUAAUCCUAAUUAAUGUAUCUACAAAACAACAAAAGUGUCCAAAGUUUAACGUGUUUCUUCAUCUCCUCUUCAGGUCGUCAUCGCUGUAUCGGGGAGAACUUUGCCUACGUCCAGAUCAAAACCAUCUGGUCCACUAUGCUGCGCUUGUACGACUUCGACCUGGUGGACGGUUAUUUCCCCACAAUCAACUACACCACAAUGAUUCACACGCCUCACAACCCCGUCAUCAGAUACAAGAGGAGGAAACAGUGAUGGAGCCUUGGAGGAGCAAAAAACAUGAGGAAGCAAACGCCUCGAGUGUUUGAAGGGAAACUCUGACUCCCUGGGACUUGAAUUUCAGAAAUGUUUAGAUGAAUGCACUUUGCUCUGCUGAAAUGUCCAAACUUUUACUUUUUUCCUGAAUGUCAACAUCAAUACAUGAUUGCUUUGAAAACAGUUUUUCUCUAUUUCAAAUAGAAAUGUGCCUUUAAGGUUGGAGACAUGGGAUGACAUGAUUGGAGCCUGGGGGACAUGGAUGAUAAUGCUACUUUUCAACACAGAACAGAUCCAUUUAAUGUACACGAAUCACAGCAAAGCUUAACUAAACUAGGUGGAGAUUCAGAGAGCACACACUACAGCUGAUUUUCCACAGAGCUGAAAAUCUGCAGGUGCAUCCACUCAAACAUCUGAUGCUUUUUCAACUUGGUGUGAAAUCCAGGUCUUCUGAGGCCCAGGUUUUACUUGUCCGCCCAAGUUUCAUGAAAAUUUGGCUUAUCGAUUUCCUCAUAUUUUGCAGACCAAACGAAAAAACGCAAAAACAAAAAAUCUGGCCGUUUUGGAGGGAGGGAACAACAUUAGGAUAGCUGCCAUUGGAAGCAGCAGUAAGUCGCUGAUGUUUAACUGAAGCUGUAAGAUGAAUGGAGAAAAUCAACCAUGGUAAGAUGUUACAACUUUUAAAAAAAUGAACCAAAAAAUUAAAAAAGACAUAAAAUAUGAAAAUUAUAUGUUGCCACUUAGAUUUAGGUUGAUCUGGAUCACUUUUCUGUAACAGAACGGUCAUUAUAAGCUGCAGGACUCUUGAGCCCUCUUGAGUUUUAGAGCAUUUCAUAGCUUGAACAUAAAAUCUUGACCUCUUAAAGCACAGACUGUUGUUUUUAUUGUAUUGCUGAAAAUAUACACAUAUCAAAUCUAAA